AUGUUUAACAAGCUCCUCUUGUGGUUGCGCGCAGUCGGCGGUGUAUUGCCUAGAACAGGGAAUGGUGUUGAUCAUUAUACCAUCUGUGGCCAGGAUCGUGGUCUUUGUAACGGCAACCAGCGCAACCGGACCAUCAACCGUGGUGAAGUCAAACGUGGAGUUGAUCAGCUCAUCAAGGACUGCGGCCUCAAUGGCGGCUUCACGGGCAUCCAUGUUGUCAACAACUUGACUUUCGCUGCCUACGGAGUCGGCGGAGUCAGCCUGACCCAACCUCCGGGUUCCAACCCUCCCGACGUUCCUGGCUCGAAGAAACCUUCCAAGAGACGGUCUCUACUUAACAAGCGUGACUGUGCGUAUGCUUACGAUGGCGUCCCGCACUUUGACUGUGACGCGAAGAACAAACUCAAUGAGGACGGUACUUGUGGCCAAAUUACUCCCGAGAACAACAAGUGUCAGGUCUUCUGUGAACUGCGAAGGACCGGCUUUCUCGGUCACGAGCAGCGGGCACCUGGCGCUGGAGGAGAUCAACAACUCCCAGGAAAGGCCGUGGAGCUAGGAGCUGGCAGCGAGACCUCGAUCUCCAACGGCUUCUCAAUUGGCAUUGAGGGCAUUUUCAAGGAAGUCAUAGGAGCCGGAGUGAGUUACGAAUGGUCAUUGACGAAGACUACGUUCGUAUCUACCACCCAAACUGUAUCGAAUGUCAGCCCCGAACAUUACACUCGUUGGGUGUUCUUCCCCAAGCUCAUUGAGAGUUGCGGAACCACAUCCCGCAGACAGUAUUCGGCGCCCACCCCCUGCACCGGGACGCACUGUACCAGUCUUCCCGCCGACGAUCCCGACUGCAUUGGAGAGGUUGAGAACAUUCCCAACGUGUGCUCCUUGGUCCCAAAGCUCAACCCCGAGGGUAGCCCGGAGGUACUUUGGGCUCUUCGCUAUGAGCAAGCCGACGGGACCGCUUUGCCAUACGAUGAGCAGCAUGAAUCGUAUAAAAGACAGUGCGUCAACAACGAUCCAGACAAUGACGGAGAGCAGGAGUGUUACAACCAUAUUCCUGCGCUCAUGCUGGCCCCGAAUUACGAAAAGCUCCAAGACGUUAUUGGAGAAACCAGCGUGUGA